CAGCGGCACCUGUGGUGGGUGUCCGGCCGGCCAGUUAGCCAGUGGACAGGUUAAAAGAAGACGAAAUCUACAGUCACCUUAAAGCCUUUACUGCCCUAAUUGUCAAAAUUCAGGUAGAGGAGGAAGAAUUCCUUUGCAUAGAAAAUAAUGCUUUUAAAGAUCAAACCCAUUGCUUGGGCAUAUUCUAUGAUAACAUUAGGGACUGAAAUGCUAAAUUCUGUCUUCAGUUUCUACUAUGUGAAGCUGUUUUUACAUCUGUACAAGAUUUCAGAAGUGGCCUUUUACCAAGCCCAGAUGAUUUUAAUGAUCUGGAAUGCUCUUAAUGACCUGACUGGGUAUUUUCACGUCUCUCAGGCUGACUGCUGUUCCGGUCAUCACAGCUCUGUUUUGUAUGGUGCCCCUUUGUAUUCGAUAGCCUUCCUGCUUCCUUGGUUCCCUUGGAAAUACUAUCACAGAGGUGACUGGCUUAGUGGACUUCAUCUGGUGGUGUCAUUAUGUGCUUUUGAUAGUGCACUUACCUGUAUUCAGCAAGCCCAGUGUACACUGUUCGCAGAGAUUUUCACCAGACAUGAAAGUCCACUUCGGCUUCUUAAAAUUAACCAAGUGGCAUCACUAGUUGGAUCCACCAGUAUCCUCUUCAGUGGCCUCAUCUCUGAUAACAUGGAAAUUUUAUUCAAUUUUCAGGCCUUCGCAGUGCUCAUUGCCAUUCUUGCCAUGGCCAGCCUUUACACUGGCACAUGCCACAUGAGUCACUUGGGACCUAAAAGAAGCCCCGAGGAAAAUGUUUUCCCCGAAAGUGAACAGGAUCUCCCCUGGACCUCCAUUGUCUCAUUGAUGAGACAGCUCUUGACCCAGAAGAACUUUUGCCUUUUUCUGAUCAUGAGUUUCUUCCAAGUCUUCCAUUUAACCUUCUUCAACAACUUCAUGAUGAUCUUUGCAGAUAAUCUCAUUCCCAAGGAUGUUCUUCCUUCUUUCCUAAGGAGUAUCAUGUAUGGGGCAGCCUUUACUUGCCCACAGUGCCUUGUACUUUUCAGUCAGUCCUGGCUGAAGAAGUUUGGCUACUAUAAAAUCAUCUUAAUUUCUUUCUACCUAAAAGGAACAGCUUCCAUUGUCAUGUUACUUCUUGGACAGCAAUACUAUUACUUUUUGGCUCUUUAUCUCACUGUUAUCAUGGUAAUUGCGCAAGCUUCUUCUUGUUUGUUUAACCUGCCAUUAGCUGACGUGGUGGAUGCAGAUUUACUGAAGUUCAAUCGGCAGUCACCCCUUUCCUCAAUGGUUUUUGGCAUCAAUGCUUUGUUUACCAAACCUGCUCAGUCUUUAGCUCCCAUGAUAAUACUCUCUAAGCUAAAACAGUAUGGAUAUGGAAACCCAGAUAAAAGUACAAUUUUAGAUCUUCAUGAUGCUAUGUUUAAUUUGAUUUGCCUGGUACCCCUGGCCAUUGCAGUCAUUCAGAUUCUGGUUUGGAGUCCAUUCUCAAGGAGGAGCAAGACAGACUACACAGGGACUCUUUAAGGCCAAUGCUUGGCUAGCGUGGGAUUCAAACAAAACUUCAGUUGUUUAUCUUACAGAGAUUACAUUCUACCAGAAGGCAAAACUGUAUUUUCUAACUCCUAAUUUGUUUAGAAAACAAAACAGAUAAAACAAAUCCAAUAUGUUUAUGGCAUUUUGACUACUAUAAUAAACUAAUAAGAAAGUUAAA